AAUAGUGAAAAUGAUAAAUAUAUUUAUCAUGUAAUUAAUAAGAAUAAUAAUUAUAAUAAUAAUGAUGAUACCACAAAUGUUACAAUAAAAUUUUAUGAUUUAAAACAAAUUCUAAAUGGUGAAUCAAAUAUUGAUGAUAAUAAUAUUAAAAAUUUAAAUAAAAAAUAUUAUACAUUUAAUAAUAAUAAUAAUAAUCAUAAUAGUAGCAGUAAAAGAGGAAUACGUGCCGCUCGUCGAAAUAUAUGUGAAAUUGGAUGUAAAUGUGAAAAGGAUAAUGCAUUUAUCGUUGUCACCUGUGAUUUUACUCAAAGUAAAUCGAUGGAUUCCGUUUUUAAUUCUAAAUUGGAAGUUCCACAAAAAACAAAAUCAUUUAUAAUCAAAUUGAGCACUCAUACUCAAUUUCGAAUUGAUGAAGGAUUAUUCGAAAAUAAUUUAAUUAAUAGUAUACGUGUUGAAGGAAUAUCAGAUGAGAGUAAUUCACAAAUUGAGAUUAGUCAAAAUUCCUUGAAAGGAAAUAAUGGACCAUAUCCAGAGAUAACAAUUGUCGAUGUUGGAACCGUUAUUUUACGUACUGAUUCUUUUUCAGGUGAAUUUCGUUUAAUAGUAAGGAAUAGUGGUUUUGUUAAAAUUUAUAAGAAUGCAUUUCAAAAUACAUCCUUUGAAGGGCAAUUCUCGAAUAUUAAAGAUUUACGUUUUGAUGUAGGAGCCUUUAAUAAAGCUCAAGCUAAGCUUACAAUAGAAGAUUCAAAAAUUGAUGAAUUAAAUCGUUUCGAAGCUUCUUUACGUGAAAUUAAAUUUGAUAAUUGUACAAUUGGAAUAAUCGAUACUGGUGCAUUUGAUGUGAAUAAUAUCAAUUCGAUUGUAUUUUAUCGAUGUAAAAUUGAUGUGUUUCGUUCAAAAGCAAUUACUGAAAAGCUUUUAAGUCAUAAUUUUUCAAUAACGAAUGCCGAUAUUCGUGUGAUGGAAAGUGAAGCUAUUUCAGGAAGUGGCAUUACAGAAUUAGUUUUAAAGAAUAAUAAUAUCGAUGAAAUUCAAUCGAAUGCAAUAUAUGUGGUAGCGGCAAACGCAACAAUUUCAUACAAUCGUAUCAAUAAAUUAGGAGACAAUUGGCUUCGAAUCAAAGAUUUUACUCAUAUACACAUUCAUCAAAAUGAAUUUAGAGAUUUUGGUUCCAUGCUGCUUGAGCAACCUCCAACAUCGCCAAAUAUAGUCUUUUGUAAAUUCGAGAAUAAUUCAAUUACAAAUCCAAAACCUGGAAGUCUGAACAUUCCUAACAAAUAUUGUAUAAUACGUGAAAUAUCAUUCUAUCAAUUAUGUUCCUGUAAUACCGAAUGGUUAGAUCAAAUAACAUCACGCGAUCUGAAAUCACUUAGUUAUUGUCGUGUCUCAAAUGAUUUGAAAGAUUGUUUUAAACGUAGUGUAUAUAAUAUUCUUGCAUGGCUUAAUGAAGUUUGUGAUUAUAAUGCAAAUACAUUAGAUUGCAUGAAAGGCCAAGAACAAAAGAAUGUCAAUUCAAAUUUCAUUGAUCCUAAUGAUGAUGGAGGUUUCGAUUUAAAUUGGAUUUAUAUUAUUGUUGGCAUUAUUAUUCUAGUCAUAUUAGUUCUUAUAGUUUUUAUAGCAACUAUGAAAUUUUACACAAAACGUCGUCAACAACAGCAACAACAAGCUGCAACACAUCUUUCCGAAAGUAAUUCAGCUGUGUCGAAUCUAACACCAAAUGGUACAGCACAAAAGCAUCAACAUAUAUUUUCGAAUGAAGAUCGUCGAAUUAUUAAUCAAACAUUAAAUAUCUUAAGAGAAAAAUAUCCACCUGAUGUUUACGAUGAGGUUAAUAAAAAUACUCAAAUUUUAUUACGCGGUAAUAUUAAUGAAAUGCAAAGAGUUAAAUCUAUUGGAGACAUUGUACAAGCAUUAGAUGAAUGUCAAAAUACUGGCGAUGAUUUUGUUGCAUUCACAGAUAUUUUAUAUAAACAUUUAGCGUCAUCAAGCGGUACAGCACCACCAAUCGAACCAACAUAUUCAGAACCAGUGAUACAAGAUGAUGUUAAUAGUAUUAGUAGUGGAGGAGUGGGAGGCGUUGGUGGUGGAAUAACUAAUAGAACAGGCGGUAAUAAUAGAGGAGUUGGUCCAUAUGCAUCAACAACUGUUGUACCAGGCAUUACAGAUUUACAAACAAAUAUCGAUCAUAUAUAUGCAGAACCUACAAGCGCCCAACAGCCGUUACUUACAAAUGAAUAUGCUUCCCCAGCUGAUCGUAAUGACGACAAUAUGGUAGAUUUAUAUUCUGAGCCGAUUUCAAAUGAAAGAGAUCGCAAAAUCAUUCCGCCAUAUGCAAUAAUUGGACCAAAAGCAUAUUCUUCAAAUCAAUCAUCAAUUAAUUCUUCAAAACAUAAUCAAAAAACAAUACAACAAAAACCGUCCACAUUUAAUAUACCAACAUCACAAACAAUAAAUCAAAAAAAUCUUCCUGAUGUUUUACAUCCGUCAACAUCUUCAUCAAUUACUGCCAAUAAUAAAAAUAAUUUUCUUAAUAGCACUAACAUAAAUAACAGCAGCAGCAGCAGCAGCUUUAAACCCUUAACAAAUGUUCAAAAAAUGGCAAAAAAUUUUUCAAAUGAUCCAAACUUCCACAUAACAAGAUCACCAACAUCAAAUCGUCGAAUACCAAAGUAUACAAUUCCAAAUAAAAAACAAUUAUCUGAUAAUAAUAUUGUUGAACAACAUCAGCCAUCACCAUCCACAUCUACAUCAUUAAAUCCAUCAUCAUUUACAUCAAUUAAACAAAACAACAAUACAUUAGAUUAUGAUAAUUAUAUUACAGGAUCUGGAACAGGAGGUCUAAUAGGAAAUUUUAAUGUUAAUUUAUCACCAUCUGGUGAAGCAGCCACAUCCAAAAUAGUUUCUGGUGAUAAUCAAUCGAAUCAUUCAGGUGGUAGUGAUAUAACAGUUCAAAUGGAUGAUAUUAUAGAAUAUGCGGAUGCAUAAAAUUUCAAAAAUUUUAUAAUUGAAUCUGGUCCAAACUAGAUAAUUUUUUUUUUGUUUGAUUAAAAUUCUUGAAGAUGCAUUAUAAUUUUAAUUGUGAGCGUAUCGAAACUUUUAAACUUGUUUGUCAUACAAUAUUAUUAAGAUUAUAUUUCAUGAUCGCACUGUUAAAUGCAUUUUGAAUUUUUUCUCUUGUUAUAAAUAUUUCCUUUUUAUAUAUAAUUAAUUUUAUAACAUGUAAAUAUUUUGAAGCAUAAAAUUGAUUUUAUUUGAUUUCUUAAGAAAAAUAUUUUGUUUGAAUAUUUUUAUGAUAAUUA